CCCUGUCCUAAUCUUGCUGAGAUCUGCUCAAAAGUUUCCUGGGUGAGUUCUGUUCCGGGGCCCAAGCGCAGAAGGGGAAGGACGGUUGGGAAGGGAUGUGAAACUUGGCCCGGCCACAGCUGCAACAUCCCCGCUGGGCUUCCCACCCGGCUCCCCAGGCAAAGGACAGGAGUGUCCAGUCCGAGUGGACACUGGACGCAGGGACAUCAUGACUCCGAGGUUGUGGCUGCUGGUCUGCGUGCUGGCCGUGUCCCUGUCCUCUGGGGUGGCUGAGGACGUGUGUCGAGCACCCAACGGGAAGGAUGGGGCUGCAGGGAAACCUGGGCGACCCGGGCGGCCCGGCCUCAAGGGGGAGCGAGGAGAGCCAGGAGCCCCCGGCAUCCGGACAGGCAUCCGAGGCCUUAAAGGAGACCAGGGAGAGCCUGGGCCCCCUGGGAAACCGGGCAAUGUGGGCUACCCAGGGCCCAGCGGCCCCCCAGGGGAACAAGGUGCCUCGGGACCCAGGGGCAUGAAGGGGAACCCAGGCAACAUCAGGGACCAGCCGCGACCAGCCUUCUCGGCCGUGAGGCGGAACCCCCAGCCGAAGAGGGACAAGGUGGUGGUCUUCGACACAGUCAUCAUCAACCAGGAAGGCCCCUACCGGAACGACACGGGCCACUUCGUGUGCGCCGUGCCCGGCUUCUACUACUUCAGCUUCUACGUGGUCGCCACCGGGAGCAUCUGCCUGACCAUCGUGUCCUCCUCCCAGGGCCAGCUCCGCCACUCCCCGGGCUUCUGCGACACCAAUAACAAGGGUCUCUUCCAGAUAUCCGGGGGCACCUCCCUCCAGCUGCAGCAGGGCGACAAGGUCUGGAUAGAAAGGGAUCUCUCCAAGGGCAACAUCUUCCAGGGCUCCGAGGCCGACAGCGUCUUCAGCGGCUUUCUCAUCUUCCCGUCUGUCUGAGCCGAGUGCCCACCGCCUCUGAGCACCAGCACGGCCGCUGCAGCCGCCCUGGCCUCCCUCCUCCCGCCUGGGCCUCAGCUCACUCCCCCCUUUCUGGGAUCCUCUGCUCUACAAAAUGGGGUGCUACUGCUCUAGCCACCUGAGUCUGGGGCUGAUUCCCAGGUCUCCAGGACCUGCCACCACUGCACCCCUUCCUGGAAUAAACGCCAUGACUCUA